AUGUCCAUUAAGAAUUUCCCCUCCUGUCCGAUACUUCUCGGUAAUCUCUUUUACCGAUGGCCGACCGGUUGGUGGGAUGGAUGUUGGCCUGCCUCGGCAAAACAGCUUCAAGCUAUCAAGCCACAAUCCCGCGGUACAGCUAAAGUUGUUGUUUUCCAUUUUGCACAAUUAAAUUCAAUCUCUCUGCAACUUUCUUCCUCUCCUUUCCCAACAAUGUCUUCGUCCUCCUCUCCCUCUCCCUCCCCAGGAGCUCAAAUAAAUCAAAAGAUUGACUCCCUCACCCCAAAUCUGCCCCACGUCCCCGAAUCCAAAGCGGAAUUAAAACAAGAAGCCGAAGUUGUCAUCCAGAAAUCAUUCGCAGGACUUCGAUCACUCGCUGCUGGAGGAUUCGGUGGUAUUUGCGCAGUUGUUGUCGGUCAUCCAUUCGAUUUGGUUAAAGUUCGUUUACAGACUGCGGAACAGGGGGUUUAUAAAGGUGCUAUUGAUGUUGUUACGAAAUCUAUCGCGAAGCAGGGACUUGCGAGAGGUUUGUAUGCGGGUGUGAGUGCCCCGCUGGUGGGUGUUACUCCUAUGUUCGCUGUAUCUUUCUGGGGUUUCGACGUAGGCAAGAAUCUCGUCCGCAACUUCACUUCUACUGCUCCUCACGAACCUCUUACAAUCGCUCAAGUCAGUGCCGCUGGUUUCUUCUCCGCCAUUCCCCAAACCAUCAUCACCGCCCCAUUUGAACGUGUCAAAGUACUCUUGCAAAUCCAAGGUCAAAAAGACCUUGCGCCUGGGGAAAAGCCAAAAUAUAAUGGUGGUGUUGAUGUCGUGAAGCAACUGUAUAAAGAGGGCGGUAUUAAAUCCGUCUUCCGAGGUUCUGCUGCUACACUAGCAAGAGAUGGUCCUGGAAGCGCUGCAUACUUCGCAACAUACGAAUACAUCAAGCGUCGCCUAACUCCUAUAGACCCCACUACCGGAAAACCGGGGAAGGAUUUAAGUUUAUUGGCGAUUACCGGAGCGGGAGCAUGCGCAGGUGUGGCAAUGUGGAUUCCAGUUUUCCCAGUCGAUACCGUCAAGUCGAGAUUACAAACUAUGGAUGGGAAACCAACAGUUGGAGGUGUGAUAAAGGGAUUGUAUAGAAAUGGAGGAUUCAAGGCAUUCUUCCCUGGAUUUGGACCGGCAUUGGCCAGAGCAGUACCUGCCAAUGCGGCAACAUUUUUGGGUGUGGAAUUGGCGCAUCAGGGUAUGAAUAAGGUGUUUGGGUGA